UUUUUUGCAAGAGUGCGUAGAGCUGUAGGAGUGAAGGCUACCUCUCUAAGAGUAGUAGACACCGGGCAAACAGUUACUCACUCGCCACCAGUAUAGUGUUCUAUUGAGAUAGAGACAGUUAAAUAGCUUAGGUGAGUUGUAGACACUCGCUACUAGAGUAAAAGAGAGAGAGACUGUGAGUAUACUCAAUAUAGUGUUCUGUUUAAAUUGAGAUAGCUUUUAUUGUAACUAGCGUAGUGCACAUAUAAAUACUUGUAUGUCAACUUGUACUACCUGACUAGAACACGAAUUUCCUAUUCAUAUUACCCAUAAUUACACAAUAUGCCAGCUUUUGAUACGAGCGAAAGUCACUGUCAAAUUAUCGACGCCGCCGAUGUAGCGGCCAAGUUUGUAAAGAGGAUACAGAGCGAGGUGCUGCGCAGAGGCGCUGACAACAACCCCGUGCUCAGAGGUAUCUUGGCCAAUGAUGACUUUGCGGCGAAGAAGUAUGCCGACUGGACUGCCAAGACGUGCGAGAAGACUGGCAUCAAAUUCGAGUUGGUUGAGGUGGAUAGCAUGUCAGCUGAAGAAGCCGUGGACGCGGCCAACAACGAUCCAUCGGUCGACGGCAUCAUGGUUUACUAUCCCGUCUUCGGGGAUGCACAGGAUGAAUAUCUCCGCAAUGCCGUAAGUAUCAGGAAGGAUGUUGAAGCACUGUGCCACACCUACCGCUACAACAUGUACCACAACAUCCGGUCCAUCCAACUCCCCGGCGGUGGCGCCAGUAAGUCACUGCUGCCCUGUACCCCGGGUGCGAUUGUAAAGAUUCUGGAGUACGUGGGUGUAUACAAUCACAACCUUGCCGAAGGCAAUCGAAUGUACGGCAAGACCAUCGCCGUGGUAAACCGCAGCGAGGUUGUGGGACGACCCCUGGCCGCACUCUGUGCGAAUGACGGCGCGAAGGUAUAUUCCAUCGAUGUAGAUGAUAUCCUGGUGUUCUCGCGCGGCAACGGAAUCAAAUUGCACAAGCACGAGAUAGCCACGACCGAUAUAUCUAAGUCCGCGGCUCUUGGCAAUGCCGACGUGGUCAUCUCUGGAGUGCCCGUCAAGGGUUUUAAGGCUCUUGUAUACAAUCGACACCGCGGAUCUUAAGGAUGGCUGUAUAGCAAUUAACUUUGCCACGUACCAGAACUUCUCACCUGAUAUUGUGGAAAAGGCGUCGAUUUUUGUGAAGAGUGUGGGCAAGGUGACGGUUGCUAUGCUACAACGGAAUGUAAUGCGCGUCAGUCGGUCCACGGACAUGUGCGGCAGUGCGGACAUUCUUUAAUUCCUUGUGGAGCCGAUGAUGUUUCGCUUACACUCUGGAGGACGUUAUAACUCCAUUAGAAAGUAUUGGUAAAUAGUAAUUUAUAACUCCACUUGAAAGUAUUGGUAAAUGAAUUGUCUCCAUGUUUCAUUCUGAAGGCUACGUCGAUUGUCAGUAGUUCUACCUCUUGCCGACGUUUUUGACCCAGUGAGACGCCACCCAACUUAGCAGUUGAAGUCGAGGAUACGAACAUCUUGUUGUUAAUGGUGCAAAACAACUCGGUUCCCUAAUCUUUAUUUUUUCGAAGGCAAAUUUGUCGCUUAGUUUUCAGAUGUAAGCGUGGAUCUUAUACAUCUCAUUUUAUUGUUGGUCAAUCGGUGAAUUAUAAAUACUACUCAUGCCC